GCGCGGGCGGUUCCCCUAUAUAAACCCGGCCGGGGCGCGGAGCCAUCAUCGUUUCCACUGUCGCCGCCGCCCUUUUGCUAUUCAUUGUCCCGCGAAAAACCAUGCGAGAGAUCGUGCACCUUCAGGCCGGCCAAUGCGGCAACCAGAUCGGAGCCAAGUUCUGGGAAGUUAUCAGCGAUGAGCACGGCAUCGACUGCACGGGGACAUACAGAGGUGACAGCGACCUGCAGCUGGAACGGAUCAAUGUUUAUUACAAUGAAGCCACAGGUGGCAAGUACGUACCCAGGGCCAUACUGGUGGAUCUGGAGCCGGGCACGAUGGACUCCGUACGGUCCGGACCCUUCGGGCAGAUCUUUCGACCUGACAACUUUGUUUUUGGCCAGAGCGGAGCAGGAAACAACUGGGCCAAGGGCCACUACACAGAGGGUGCAGAGCUGGUAGACUCCGUCCUGGACGUGGUGCGGAAGGAGGCGGAGAGUUGUGACUGCCUCCAGGGAUUCCAGCUCACCCACUCGUUGGGCGGGGGCACUGGUUCAGGCAUGGGCACCCUCCUCAUCAGCAAGAUCCGUGAGGAGUAUCCCGACCGCAUCAUGAACACCUUCAGCGUCGUGCCCUCGCCCAAGGUGUCAGACACGGUGGUGGAGCCCUACAACGCCACGCUCUCCGUCCACCAACUAGUGGAGAACACGGACGAGACCUUCUGCAUCGACAACGAGGCCCUCUACGACAUCUGCUUCCGCACCCUGAAGCUCACCACUCCCACCUACGGGGACCUCAACCACCUGGUCUCGGCCACCAUGAGUGGCGUCACCACCUGCCUCCGCUUCCCCGGCCAGCUCAACGCCGACCUGCGCAAGUUGGCCGUCAACAUGGUCCCCUUCCCCCGGCUCCACUUCUUCAUGCCAGGCUUCGCCCCUCUCACCAGCCGCGGCAGCCAGCAGUACAGCUCCCUCACUGUUCCCGAGCUAACCCAGCAGAUGUUCGACGCCAAGAACAUGAUGGCGGCCUGCGACCCUCGCCACGGCCGCUACCUGACUGUGGCGGCCAUCUUCCGCGGCCGCAUGUCCAUGAAGGAGGUCGAUGAGCAGAUGCUUAACGUCCAGAACAAGAACAGCAGCUACUUUGUGGACUGGAUCCCCAACAACGUCAAGACGGCCGUCUGCGACAUCCCGCCCCGCGGCCUCAAGAUGUCCGCCACCUUCAUCGGCAACUCCACCGCCAUCCAGGAGCUCUUCAAGCGCAUCUCCGAGCAGUUCACCGCCAUGUUCCGACGCAAGGCUUUCCUGCACUGGUACACGGGCGAGGGGAUGGACGAGAUGGAGUUCACAGAGGCCGAGAGCAACAUGAACGAUCUCGUGUCAGAGUACCAGCAAUACCAGGAUGCCACCGCCGAGGAGGAUGGAGAGUUUGAGGAGGAGGAUGACGAAGAGGUUGCCUGAGGAUGCGGGAGGGGCGGUAUAUGCGUCUCCACUGCCAAAAUCUCCAAUGCCAAGACCCCCCCGCCUUGACAAACUGAACCCUUUCUCCCUUUCCAUUUCCCUCCUUGACACACUGAAACCUUUUCCCUCCCAAUAAGCACGGAGUCAAGCAUGACGGUUCGGGAGAGAGGGUUGCAUGUCCCACGCUCCCUGAAAAGUUGUACGGAGGGGAGACGGUGCAGGAGUUCUCCAACGCCAAGGCCUCUCCCCUCUCGACACAACAAAUCCUUUAUGCCCACCCCCUCCUCUCCCUGUGUGAUUAUCAUGACUUGUUUGGAGAGAGUGUGUGUGUCUUGGAAAAGUGUCCAGUAUUUAGUGAAAGAAGGGGAGAUUAAAAGACUUUUGAUAGCAUUUCUUGGUGCUC